AUGGCGCUGGAUAACUUAGCGAGUCCCAUCCUCUUUUGGUGUGCGGUUGUCUUUCUCGUUUCCACGGAGCUCUAUUAUCUACUUCCACAGUCAAUGUCGGACAAAAUCGGCCAGUAUUUCCUUAGUCUUGGUUCGAUCAUCCAUGACUAUAGCUCGGGUAAAUACUACAAGCCAUGGAAGUCCGCCAAAGCAAUCGUGGUCGUUUCCAGCAAAAGGCAAAUCAUGGAGCUGAGUGAGGCACCGGUGCUAUCUCAGCGCGCCGCCUACGCCGACAUGUUCGGUUUCAAACACACAAUGAACAAGCUCGAUCAUCAUGAUCACAAGGUGGCCCGCUCGCGUCUCUACGGACGCCUGCUCCAGGUCAACGGUCCUACCAACCUGGCGAAGCUCUAUCCGCAUCUUCAGAAGCGAUUGGAGCAAUCUCUAGCUCAGGAGCUUGAAGCUGGGGUUUUCAUUGAUGGUACGCAAUCGUACCAUUCUGAUUGA